AUGUCUGACAGCGCUGUUGGCCCAAACGGCAAGCUGAAAGAUGUGUCCGAAAUGGUAUGGUACAAUGAUGCGGACGAUGAUCAGCCUAUCCCCUCCUCAUCAACAAUCCACCCAUUCUUCACUGGUGCUGCUCCCCCUGCGGCUAUCAUAGCUGGUGCCCAUCGUUCUACUCGUGCACCUUGCCCUUCAACGAGGAUUCUUGAUCCCGACAAUGUUGCAUCAUCCAGUACUGCGCAAGAUAUUGGUGGUACUGAUCUUGAUGCAGUAGGUGGUGACACCGAAGCUGAGGAUGAUGUCGAGCAUGAAUAUGCAUCCACAAAAGCUAUGGGAGAUGCAGACCGUAAGGUGAGUCACUAG